AGGGUUAUGACACAGAAUAAUCUCCAAAAAUAAGCUGAGUGGAUUUUAAACUGGAAAUCAGUUAGGCUCUGUUUGCAUUUUUGACAGAGUAAAAUGCUGUUUGUGUAGUAGGAGGGAAAGGCUUUCUAUAUUAUUAUUUAUAUUUUCCGAGCUUUAAAGACAGAGUUAAGAUCUUUUCUAAAACAUACAAUAACCUCAGCCAUGGAUGGUGGAUUUACCUUGUUUCUUAUGCUGGCUCUCAGCUUUGCCUUUACCAGCUCUCAUGUGGUAGACUGGACAUACCAAGAAGGAGAGCUGGAUGAAGCUAAUUGGGGGAAAAAAUAUCCCUUGUGUGCAUCAAAACGGCAAUCUCCUAUAGACAUACAGAGGAAGAAGGUCCAACAUAACCAAAACCUUGCACACUUGGAACUCAAUGGCUAUGAUGGACCAUUGCAAGGGCACUUUAAGAUAGUCAACAAUGGACAUUCAGUGCAAAUUGAGCUUCCACCAACCAUGACCAUCAAAAAGGGACUCAACAGCUGUUACACUGCUGUACAAAUGCACUUACACUGGGGUGGCCUUGAUUUAGAAACAAGUGGCUCAGAGCACACAAUUGAUGGGAUGAGAUACAUAGCUGAACUUCAUGUUGUCCAUUAUAACUCAGAUAAAUACAAAAGCUUUGAUGAAGCCAAGGACAAACCUGACGGCCUGUCAGUACUUGCGUUCCUAUAUGUGGAUGGAAACUUUGAGAACACGUAUUACAGUGAAUUUAUUUCCAAACUAGCCAAAAUUCGUUAUGCAGGACAGGAAACAGAGAUGCGAACUCUAGAUGUCUUGGCUAUGCUACCCGAGAGUCUUGAUAAUUUCUACAGAUAUGAAGGGUCCCUCACUACCCCUCCUUGCACAGAGAAUGUCUUGUGGACUGUAUUUGACUCUCCCAUCGUUCUUUCCAAAUCACAGAUAAAUUUGCUGGAAAAUACAUUGUUGGAUUGGCACAAUCAGACCCUACGUAAUGACUAUCGACAUGCACAACCUCUUUAUAACCGCAUUGUAGAGGCUUCUUUUCAUCCAAAACUUCCCAAAGAUAGCUUCCAACUGGAGAUCAAAACUAAACUGCAGCAGAUUGAAACUGGCAUACAAGAUAUGAAGAAGCAGACAGGGGUUGGAAUAUCCCCAAGAACUGCAUUCUCAGGUGACUCUUCCCUCCCAUUCUACCCUUCAUACCACUUUUCCAAUGAUCAUCCAGCUGCUCAUGUGGAAGUACGACCUUUAAAGGCCCUACAGCUAAACCAACUCACAAUCUGUGCCUGGGUCAGAACAAAGAAUGUGGGCAGUCAGACAGUUUUUUUUUAUUCUACUCAUGAUACUGACAAUGAACUUGUUCUUAGUGUGGGAGGUGAUGUGGGGUUUUGCGUAGGUGGAGAAUCUCUACAGUUUGACCUGCACCAUACAUCAGAGGAUUGGGUACAUUAUUGUGUACGCUGGGACUCCAACACUGGAAAUGCAGAACUUUUUGUCAGUGGGCUACCUGGGAAGGAGAAAAAUAUUCAACAGGGAUAUCAGAUCAAAAGUGGUGGUGUUAUUCUCCUAGGGAAAGAUCGCGCUGAUCUCUUGGGUCUGUUCUCCAAUGGUUUCAGAGGAUGGAUAAGUCACCUCAAUCUCUGGAGUGAGAUUCUUAGCACGGAAGACAUUAAGCUACUGAGUCAGUGCCGCAUGGCAAAUAUUUGGGGGGAUGUAAUAGCAUGGGGAAAGACCACCACAAUAGUUUCUGGUGGUGUUAUGCUGGAACCGGAUAAUAGUUGCAAAUUUUAACCAGUUUAACCAGAAAAUAUUGGUUUAAAUAAACUGCUCAUUAUUUUAUAUCAGUAAUUAGGGUUGCAACGAUACCAUUUUUUUAAGACCGAGUACAAGUACCGAUACUUGUUUUCAAAUACUCGCCGAUACCAAUUACCGAUACUUUUUUUUAAUGUCAUGUUUACCAAGCACAAUACAGACUAAUUAUUUAAGAUUCCUUCUUUAUAAUUAUGAAGGACUGUAGCUCAAAAGACAUUAUGAAAUAAUAAAACAGGUUUUAUUUGUCACAAAGUUCACAGAACAUGUUUAGAAAUAAAAAUAUUACAAUAAAAUAUAUUAACAACAACAAUAAAUAACAAAUAUAAAAUUGCAACCAACCAAAAGUGCCAUACAGUAAAAAAAUAGAACAGAAUACUGUUUAAUCAUGGUGAACAACACUAUGGGCUAGAUUACAUUUGACUGGUAAGCUUUACCAAUACUCUCAUUACUUGUCCUACUCCAUUAAAGGCUAUGGAGUUGGAAAUGUGAACAGAGCAUUGGUAAAGCUUACCAAUCAAAUGUAAUCUAAAUCUAGUCCUAUAAUUGCAGGAUGAGUGUUCAUUGGGAUUAACUUAAUUUUUCCUAUGAGUACUCUUCCUGCAAUUAUAUAUGCUAGGAUGUUCCUCAGAGUACAGUAUGUUUUGAACAUAAUUGUGCAAGAUGAGAACUAGCAGUAUAAAAGGCAAUCUAGCAAUUAGAAUAAUUUUUCAAAAGUAAGUGGCAAGUUCCUUUUAAGGAACAGAACAGAAGCAUCUCUGCAUGCUCAACUAUAAGUCUGUUUUUGCUAUCAGUAAGGAGCUUCAACUUUCCACACUACUGCAUGGGGCAGAAAGAUAUUUUUGGGCCAUUUUAGCCAGAGCUGGAAAUUUCAGUUUAUUAACUGCCCAGUACUUCAGGGGUUUGUCUGAACGCAGUACAGUGAUCUCUCCUACAAUAAUACAAAUAAGAGCAAUUUGUAUUGGCAGAACAGUAGUAAACAAUUUUUAGUUUAGUCUCCACUACAGCUUUAAAUGAAAUGGGAACAUGCAGUUUGAAAAAAACACCACAAGAUAGCAUAUGGGUAGUAAGUGGAGGUAUCGGUUUAAGUAUCGGUGCAUUUGCACGAGUACAAGUACUCAUGUAAGUACUUGGUAUUGGUACCGAUACCGAUAAUAGUAUCGGUAUCAGUGCAACCCUAUCAGUAAUGAUACCAUCCAGAAUGUAUAUAAUUUCCUUAAAUUGUAAAAAUUAUCUUCUGAAAUGCAGAAGUCUCUUUAAAAUAAUAUCCAAACUCAACAUUAAAUUCAUAAUUAAAAUACUUUUAAACUUC